AAUCAACAGUGUUAUAGGGGGUUCGACUGUAGUGUGUAUGAUUGCCAAAAACAGCAAUACAUACUACACAGCAGUUUGGCAUACUGUUUAUAAUGCUGUCCAGCAGUUUCUGGGAUAAUGAAUCCCACUCUUGCACAAGUAUUCUUUGGAGCUCUGCAGUAGUCUGUGUUACAAUGCUGUGUCCAGGGGCAUACCAUUAUAUUCUAUGAGGUUUAAGUCUGUUGAAUAAGGUGACCAGUCCAGACACCUUAUAUCAAUUUCCAGGCAUUCCUAAACCAAGCCAGACCUGUGAGGGUGAGCAUUAUCAUCCAUUAAAAUGAACCCAGGAUCAAAUGCAUCUCUAAAAUGUUGCAUAUACUGCUACAGGAUGACAUACCUAUAAAUCUGGCCCGUUACAGUACCACAUUUGAAUACAUGCAGUGACAUACGUGACCUUAACAUGAUACCAACCCAAAUAAAGGCUUCUCUGCCUUCAGACUGAUGACAUUCAAUGAUGUGGGCAGAAUUAUAACAUGUUCCUGGAGCUUGCCAGAUAUAUACACUCAUCAACUAUUAGUUUCUAGGCUGUAAUGGGACUCGUCAAUACCGAUGGCUGGUGUGCUGAAAUGCCUUCAGCACACCAGGUUCUGUGGAUCAUGAUGUGCCAUGCAAUUAAAAGAAUGCAUACUGUAGUUGCUCAUAAACUGAUGUCCUGUAGCUGUUUGUAAAUUGUUUGCCAAAUGUCAUGGCAGCCCUAGUGAUACUUGCAUAAGAAGGGGUUGACAGACUAAUUUGACUAGAAGCGUUUUUUGUAGUGUCAAUCAGUUUAUUUAUUUUCUUGUCAUCAUAGAGUCAACUCACUCAGAAACUCCUUUUCCAAUUUACUAACAGUGUCUGAAAGAGAUUUCUGUUACAAAUUACAAAUGUGUUACAAAUUAGUUUAUUCAACGUAUCAACAUCACUAUCAGAGUGGCUAGAGAGAAAGAUAAUUUCAUUAGCUAAACCAAAAUUACGGUUGGCAGCUUCACAAAGUUUAGAUCUAUGUUUCUUGUGUAUAAGAGUGCUGUUGCCUUCUGGACAGUUGGCCAAAAUUAUGUCCAGAAGCUCCCGUAAUUUUAUGCAUACUGUCGAGAUGUGUGGACCCAAUCCUACAGCCCCAGAACCAGAAGAACUGUCCAUCUAGAACUAACUAAUGCAAAAUCACAAAAACAAGAGCGACGAUGCCAAAAACAGCAAAAACUGAAAAUACUGCAGUGCAGAUACCAAACUACUGCAAUGUAGAUAUUUAAACAGGAAGUAGCCUAUAGCUCUACAACAAAAUGAGCAAUUACCUACACCUGUUUUUUUGUUUUUAAAUACGUAUGUACGUAAUAAAACAGCAGUGCAUCACAAUCUAUAAGAUCCAUUUUGACAUCUGAAAUAAAAAUGAUUAAUAAUGCACACCAUAGAAUAUAGUGCUCGUCUGACAACCAACUUCAUGACCAUGAAUUUUCACAUCUAUGAAUCAAAAAGUAGCACCUCUCUGUUUUGAUGUUUAUCUGACAUUAGCCUUGAUGUCUGUACAUUCUAUUAUACUGUAGUUCACAAAUUUACAGAGGCUGUCAUACCAAUUUAUAUACUCGGUUGUAGGCCUGUAAGUGCAUAGUGAGCAUCCAGCUUGCUUGGACCAAAUAGUUUUCAAAUGGAAGUUAUUAUAAUAAAAAUAAGUAGUACAAGUUUGUUUUAGAUAAAAGAUAAAUAAUAAUUCCACAUUAAAUUUUUUACAAGAUUUUUGUGUACAGAAAGUUUUAAUCUAUAUAAAUGUGCUUCAUGUACAGUACAUGAAACCUAACUUCAAAUCAAUUUGUGUUUUGAAUCGUAAAUGUCAAAGUAUCCAAAUAAAUAGUUAUAAAUUGAUUAAAAAAAAUGUUUUUAAUUUCAGACCCAAACAAAUAGCUCAGGAAGAAUUUGAUUCACAGUGUCUGAGGUGUGCCAGAAAAUUAAUUUCGGAUGGACAGCAUAUCUGGAGAUGGACAGGAUUUAAUUUCGGACUAGAUUUGGUGGUAACAUAUCACAUGAGGUGUGUACGAUUUCGUCGUAACCAGAGGAACGAUUCCGAACGGUAUAUUCCUUCUAUCCAGCCAUGCAGGCGUCAUCUGAUGUACCGUUUAACGAUUUAUUCUCUGGAUAAACAAGGCCAUGCCACUUACACGGCUACAACCAAUUUGAAAACUUUGACUCUUGCCAAAAAUGAAGAAGUGAAAGUAUUGAAUCUCGACAAAGACUGUCCAUUUCCCAUAGUGGUCAGUGCAAAUUUUCUGGUUACGACUCCUCUUCACUCUCCGAACUCUAGCAGGCAGCAUUCGCCUGUGAGAAAUGCAAAAGACAGUUAAUAACAUUAUCGUUGGAACUUGUAAUUAUUCAUUUUUGUACAUGAACAAUGUAAAAAACAUAAUCAAAAUAUUCAUAAGGUGCUUACUAAAAUAUAUCAGAUUUUAUUAAUAUAUUUAUUUGCCACUAUAUAUACUUACAUUAUUCAGUUCAGAUUUAAAUAUCUGAAGAUAUAUUAUUUUUAGAUUGUUAUGUUUUCAUUGUUUAUAGAAAGAUUUCACGUCGUUAUCAUUUCACAGGUGCAAAUUGAUUGUCUACCCUUUUCAUAUUCAGUUUUGAGAUAAUUUUUGUCACAGCACAUUUUUUUUUACUCGCGCACUUUUCCGCAUGUUAAUCAGUCUGAACAUCAGUUAUUUGCAUCACUUCAUGGUAAUUAAGUGUCUUUUUUUUUCUUAAUAUCACAUUGUUUUCUUCAGAAAGUGUAUGUAAAAUAUAAACUGGUGCGGUUCAUUCGGUCAAAAUGAGAGAUUUUUACGGAAAAUCUUAGAGAAAAAUUAUUGUAAUGUAAUUAUUUGAAAUGUUUUUAUUGACAUUUUGUUAAAAAAAAUCAUUUCUGUGAUAGAUAAUUGUUAAUCAUCUUCAGACUAUUAUAUUCAGAAUCUAUUUUGCUUCAUUUGUUUCUCUUUGAAGCCAAGCAAGGCUUCGAAAUUUAUGAAAGUGCCAUUAUUGUUUGCAACUCGGGCAUAAGUGUUUAGGGCGUUAAAGUUAUAAUCUAGUGCCUUUUUUAUAAAUUUUGUUUAUUUCUAACAGUAGUCAACAAUAUAUUUUGUGUUAAUGUCUGUUAAAAAUAUUGCAUUAGC